AUGAAGCAUCAAAGAAAUAAUACUGUUGCCUUUAAUAUAGGAGACUUUCCUCCACUAGGGGCAGGCCCCUAUGUUAGACAACAACCUCCAAGUUCAAGAAGUCAAGAUCCCGAAAAUAUAGGAUAUUGGAACAAGAAACAAGAGAACACACAAUCUCAGCCAACAAGUUCACUGGAACAGAUAAUCAUCAAGCAAUCAGAGAUAAUAGAUACUCUCAUACAGCAAAUGGGUACCAUAAUGGGUCUCCUUACAACUAUAAUUGCACAAUAUAAGAAAUGA